GCAGGAAACGAAAAGCAACGUCCCACUGAAACUGCAGGAGAGGAAGAGCAGCGUCCCCACUGAAACUGCAGGAGAGGAAGAGCAACCUCCCCCUGAAACUGCAGGAGAGGGAGAUGGGUAUGGUUUAAGCUUGGAUGAAAUGAGAGCUUUGACAGUUCAGACAGUGAGGUUUGCCAUGGGUCUACCUCUGUUGAAACGUGCAGUUCAGGAUCUGGUAAAAAAAAAGAAUUUUGUCAGCCGAACGCUCGUCAUAGGAGAAGUCCUCUCCAUGGCAGACAUGGCCACAGGAGUGAAGUGUGGAAUAAUUUAUUGGCUAUUUGGUGGUGCUAUCAGGAAUCUCAGGAGCCCUGAACAUGUUACUAAGUGGUUUCAGCCACUCCAGCAGAAAUACACUGGGAUGUUUGCAAUGACCGAGAGGGGCCAUGGGAGCAAUGUGAGAGGGAUCCAGACCGAAGCCACCUUUGACCUCUCUGCCCAGGAGUUUGUAAUUGACACACCAUGUGAAAAUGCCGAGAAGAUGUAUAUUGGAAAAGCCACGUACGGGAAUUACCCAGCCGUCUUUGCCCAGCUCAUCAUAGAUGGAAGAUCUCAAGGGCCCCACUGUUUCAUCGUUCCUGUCCGGGAUGAAAAUGGAAGCUUGUACCCAGGAGUGACAGCUAUUGAUAUGAUGUACAAGGAGGGUCUUCAUGGUGUGGACAGUGGGAUUUUAAUAUUUGACAAGGUUUGGAUACCCAGGGAGAACCUGCUGGAUAAGUUUGGUUCCGUGGCUCCAGAUGGACAGUACCAUUCCCCUGUUAGGAACAAGAGCGCAAGAUUCAAUGCCAUGCUGGCAGCACUGACCCCUUCGAGAUUAGCUGUGGCUUUCCAAGCUAUGGGUGCCAUGAAGCUUGGGUUGACGAUAGCCAUUCGCUAUAGCCACAGUCGGAGGCAGUUUGGGCCCAAAACCAAGGAAGAGGUGAAGAUCAUUGAGCACCAAACGCAGACCCUGUGGCUGAUGCCCCACCUGGCCACAGCCUUGGCCCUGACCUUCGUCAGCAGGUAUGCCGGGGCCCUCCUGGGUGAGGAUGUCUUCCAGGGAAAGGAGCUGGUCAACAGUCACUCACUGCAGGCUCUGGUGGUGGGGCUGAGGGCCUACAGCACCUGGGAGAACAUCCGCUGCCUGCAGGACUGCCGCGAGUGCACUGGAGGCAUGGGUUACAUGAUGGAAAAUCAAAUCUCAGGCUUAAAGUGUGACACAGAUGUGUUUGCCACUUUUGAAGGUGACACUGUUGUUAUGCUUCAGGUUGUGGGGCGGGAACUGCUGGCCCAGUAUACCAAACAGUAUGAAGAAAAACCACUCUUUGGCCUGCUCCAAAACUGGGCUGAAUCUGUGGGGGACAAGCUGAGAACAAGCUUCUUAUGCUUUUUUUUUCCUGGCAUUUAUGAUCUUGCCUUUCUGUUGAAAGCAGUGAAAUUUCGUGAAAGGGUUCUUCAGUGGGGUUUGGUGACCAGAAUUUAUUAUAAGCUAAAGACCAAGAAGGAGGAUUUUUUCCAUGCCUGCAACUCGUGUCUGCACCACGUGGCUUCUCUGUCCCUGGCACACACUCACCGAGUUACCUUAGAGCAGUUCUCCCUGGCAGUGAAGAGCUGUCCUGACCAAGAGGACCAGACUUUGUUAAUGAAAUUUUAUCUGUUGUAUGGAACCAAGUUGGUGUUUCAGGAGUGGGCCUGGUAUUUAGAACAUAAAUACUUGACUCCCACGGCCAGCACGAGGAUCAGGAAUCAGGAAUGUCUUAUCCCUGCCUUCCAGUGGCUGCCAGAACAAACAAGGGCAUCCGCAGCGUUCCUUGGCAUUGGCGUUAACAGCAGAUGGAUUUUCCGCAGCAGCCAGGUGGAAGAUGGCUAGCAUUGGUCCGCCGUCUCACUGGACUGAAUUUCAAGAAUCAUGGCCUACUGCCAGCCAGUUGCUGGAUUUGUGAGACUUGGUGAAGG